AUGGGUGUCCCCAAGUUCUUCAGGUGGCUCUCUGAGCGCUACCCUGCCAUUUCGCAGCUCAUUGCCGAGAACCGGAUUCCCGAGUUCGACUGUCUCUACUUGGACAUGAAUGGCAUCAUCCACAAUUGCACACACAAGGAUGUUGACGAUGUGCACUUCCGUCUUACCGAGGAGGAAAUGUUCAUUGCCAUUUUCAACUACAUCGAGCACCUCUUUGGGAAAAUCAAGCCGAAGAAGCUCUUCUUCAUGGCUGUCGACGGUGUUGCCCCGCGCGCCAAAAUGAACCAGCAGCGCGCAAGGCGCUUCCGGACCGCUCUGGAUGCUGAGAGGGCCCGUGAAAAGGCCCUCCGCGAAGGCAAAGAGCUCCCAAAGGAAGAGCCCUUUGACAGCAACUGCAUUACGCCAGGCACCGAGUUUAUGGCGAAGCUUUCCCUGCAGCUGAAGUAUUUCAUUAACAAGAAGGUCUCCGAGGACAGGGAUUGGCAGGGACCCGAAAUUGUUCUCUCCGGCCAUGAAGUCCCCGGCGAGGGAGAGCACAAGAUUAUGGAGUACAUUCGUAAUGCCCGUGCCCAGCCUGACUACAACCCCAACACUCGUCAUUGUCUGUACGGACUCGACGCCGACCUUAUUAUGCUCGGUCUCUUGAGCCAUGAUCCCCACUUCUGUCUUCUUCGUGAGGAGGUGACGUUUGGCCGCCAAGCAAAGCACAAAUCCAAAGAGCUCGAGCAUCAGAAUUUUUAUCUCUUGCACCUCUGCAUAGUGCGAGAGUACCUGGAACUCGAGUUUCAGGAGUUGAAAGAGCCGGGUGCAAUACCUUUCCCGUUUGACAUGGAACGGGUUAUUGAUGACUUUAUCCUCAUGGCUUUCUUCGUCGGCAACGACUUCUUGCCGAACCUGCCACGCCUUCACAUCAAUGAAGGCGCCUUGGCCCUCAUGUUCAAAAUAUACAAAAAGGUGCUUCCCAAGUGCGAUGGCUACAUUAACGAGAAUGGCAAGGUUAACCUUGACCGUCUCAAAAUUCUCCUGGAGGAAUUGGAGCAAGAGGAAUAUCGAUUUUUUGAACAGGAGCACGAAGAUACCAAGUGGCUCCAGGGCAAGAAGAUGCUCGAGAACAAUGAGGCCGAGCAGGCAAAAGCGAAAGCCAAAGGAAAGCUCAUCAUCAGCCCGAGCCAGAAGGCUUUGUGGAAGCAGAAGAUUCGUAAAUGGCUGCUCAACAGUACCUCCCCGACUCUGGAUCUUGGCGCCGAUCUCAAUGCGGCCGACCGCAAGUUUGUCGAGGACCUUGCUGAGGCCGCUCAUAUCGAAUGGGCUACCAAGCCAGACGAUGACGGUAUUCGGCAUCUCGUCCUGUCUCGUCCGGUCAUGGACGAAGAUGACGAAGAGGAUGAAGAGGCCCACGCGGCGCUUUACCGCAUUGCUAAGAGAUACGACAACGCCCAGGUGCUCGAUCUUUCCUCGGAGGAAGCCAAGGCUGCUGUCCAGGAGAAGUACAAGCAGAAAUUCCAGGAAUGGAAGGACAAGUACUACCUCUCAAAGAUGGACGGCUGGACUCCGCAGAACCUGGAGCAGGAGCUAAAGAAGAUGGCCGAGAACUACGUACAGGGGCUUCAGUGGGUAUUAUAUUAUUACUACCGUGGUAUUGCUUCUUGGCCUUGGUUCUACGGCUACCACUACGCCCCCAUGAUCUCGGACGUCGUAAAAGGUCUGGGUGCGGACCUCAAUUUCAAGCUUGGCCAGCCGUUCAGGCCGAAUGAGCAGCUUAUGGGCGUUUUGCCGGAUCGCAGCAAGAAGAUCGUCCCUAAGGUCUACUGGGAUCUCAUGACCGACCCGAACUCGCCCAUUAUCGACUUCUACCCUCGCGAGUUUGAGCUGGAUCUGAACGGCAAGAAGAUGGACUGGGAAGCCGUCGUCAAGAUCCCCUUCAUUGACGAGAAGAGGCUUCUGGAGGCCAUGGCCCCCAGAAAUGCCUUGCUCACUGAGGAAGAGAAGGCGCGCAACGAGUUUGGCGUGCCCCUCAAGUUCACAUACUCGGAGGAUGUGGACUUUGUUUAUCCCUCUUCGCUUGUUGACGUCUUCCCUCCUAUUUUCCACUGCCACUGCGUCGAGAACAUCUUCGAUCUCCCUCCUAUGGAGGGUCUGGAGUACAGGGCCGGCUUGGCCGAAGGCGCACUGCUCAACGUGGAGGCUCUGGCUGGCUUUCCAACGCUGGCUACUUUGCCGUACACGGCCAGCCUUGCGUUUCACGGCGUCAAUGUGUUCCAGCAAGAAAGCCGCAAUGAGAGCAUGAUUGUGCGCUUGACCGAUUCUCAUUUGCGCACCAAGAUCGAUACUGCCAAAGUUAAGCUCGGCCAGCGGUGCUUUGUUGGAUAUCCGUUCCUGCAAGAAGCAAAGGUUGUUGCCGUGUCUGAUGAACUAUUUGAGUACACUCUGGCCAGCGAUGGCAGUGGCCAAGUUAUUGAAAGGCACCACACCCCGCGUGAGAUUGAAGAGUGGAAGAAGAAGGCCGAGAGGAUCGAGAACUUUUACAGCAAGCGUUUGGGCAUCCUGAUCGGGCCCGUCGAGUCCUUGGUGACUGUCCAUAUGCUCAAGGGCCUGAGAAAGACCGACGAAGGCGCUACAGUCAAGGAGUAUGGGGAGGUUCCGGGAAUGGAGACCGACUACGCCGCUCAGAUAAUUGUCGAUGAAGUCGUCAACGAAGAUGAACGCUUCAUUGAGCAAGCCGCGCUCCCGAUCGAGGAAGAGUUCCCGGUCAAGUCGAAUGGCUUUUUCGUCGGCGACUACAACUACGGCCAGCCUCUGGAAGUUGUUGGCUACACUAAAGACGGCAAGCUUUCCAUCUGGCUGGCCGUUCCAACCGCGCGCGAGCCAGAAUUCGCCAAGCAGAUUAUCCACGAGGCACAUAGAAGCCAGCUCUACCAACCUUCAUACAUGGUCGCAAAGCAGUUGGGCCUCCAUCCUCUGACUCUCAGCAAGAUCACAUCGUCGUAUUAUGUCCGGACGGUUGGUGAUCUACGGGUCAACUUGGGUUUGAACCUAAAGUUUGAGAGCAAGAAGCAAAAGGUGCUGGGCUAUUCUAGCAAGUCUGCCACCGGCUGGGAGUUUAGCCAAGCAGCUGUGCUUUUGAUCAGCGAGUACAUGCGGCGCUUUCCUGAUUUCUUUGCGGCUAUUGUGAAGAAUCCAUCGGGCUCUGAGUUGAACGAGACGGACCUGUUCCCUGAUCCCGCCUAUGCGACGGCCAGAGUUAAGGAGAUCGGUGCCUGGCUGAAGACGCUGAAGACCAGCUCGAUGGAGCGUGUUCCUCUCGAUGCAGAGCAGCUUGAUUCUGAUGUCGUUAUGCGGCUUGCCGCGAAAGCCGAUGAACUCGGCCUGGGCAACCAGCAGACUGUGUCCAAGAAGAUGAAUGGUGUCCCGCGUAAUGCCGUCAUCCGACCGGAGGAUGCCGAGCAUCGCCUUGGCAAUCAAGUCUUUUCCCUGGGCGACCGUGUUGUCUAUGUCGCCCGGAAGGGCAAGGUCCCGAUCGCGUUUAGGGGCACGGUUGUUGGCAUUAGUAGGACGCCAACCAACAAGCUCAUCGACGUCGUCUUUGACGUCACCUUCCUCAGCGGCACCACGCUUGGCGAUCGUUGCCCGCCAUUCCGAGGCCAGACUGUGCCAUCCAACGUUCUUCUUAACCUGACCAACCGCCAGCUUGUCGUGGAGACCAAAGCAGGGCAACUUCGCAGGGCCCCCAUCAACCCCUCGGUCACAACUCUGACUGCUCACGGCGGCUACAUGUUGAAUGGCAAGAAGUAUCGCGAUGCUCCCGCUCCGCCCCCUCUGCAGGCUCCUUACCGCAGCGUUGUCAACGGCUCAGCCAAUUCCCGUGGUGGUGCCAAUACCCCUCGCGGCGGCAGUCGUGGUGGCGGUCGCAACGGUUCUCCUGCACACGCCAACCUCCCUCAUCGUCCUGCUCCUCAGCACCAAAACCAUCAACCGCAGCAAUCCCAUCCACAGCAGCAGAUUAACGGCCAUCAUGCCCCUGGCGGUGCCCGCGGCGGUCGUGGUGGCCCCGCGGGCACCCUCCCGUUCCGCGGAGGCCGUGGAGGUGGCGCUCCCCGCGCCGGGUUCGCCACGCCUCAACGGGGCGGCGCUGGCUUCCUCCCUGGCAACGUUGGUGCUGGUAUCCCGCACCCCGCGUCGGCCCCACCUAUGUACUCUGCUGUGCCGCCCCCGCCGAGCCUGGAUGCUCCUGCUCGUGGAAGUGGUCGAGGACGUGGGCGUGGCGGCGUUGCUCGGGGUGGUAACCGAGGUGGUCGUGGUAGGGGUGGGGUUAGUCGCGGUAGUGUGCCGGCUGCUCAGGCGGCGUCCCAACCUCCUCAAGUUGCGGCGUCCGCCUCUCAGGGUUAG